UGAUGACAGUUAAAGGCCAUGGAUGAAGAUGAACUUGAAUUGCAGCCACAAGAACAAAACUCAUUUUUUGAUGAAAUAGGAACUGAUGCUAUACACAUGGAUGGUGAUCAAAUUGUGGUGGAAGUUCAAGAAACUGUGUUUGUUUCAGAUGUUGUGGAUGCAGAUAUUACUGUGCAUAAUUUUGUUCCUGAUGACCCAGAUUCUGUUGUAAUCCAGAAUGUUAUUGAGGAUGUUGUUAUUGAGGAUGUUCAGUGCUCAGAUAUCUUAGAAGAAGCCAAUGUGUCUGAGCAAGUAUUUGGCUCAGAUGUAACUGAAGUUUCUUUAGCACAUUGCACAGUUCCAGAUGAUGUUUUAGCUUCAGACAUUACCUUAACCACAGUGUCUAUGCCAGAACACGUCUUGACAAGUGAAUCCGUACAUGUUUCUGACAUUGGACAUGUUGAUCACAUUGUUCAUGAUAGUGUAGUAGAAGCAGAAAUCAUCACUGAUCCUCUGACAACUGACAUAGUUUCAGAAGAAGAUUUGGUAGCAGAUUGUGCCUCUGAAGCAGUCAUAGAUGUCAGCGGGAUCCCUGUGGACCAUCAAGAUGAUGACAGAGAAAAUUGUGAGGACUACCUUAUGAUUUCCUUAGAUGAUACAGGCAAACUAGAACAUGAUGUUUCCUCUGGAAUAACUAUGGAAGAACAUCCAGAAAUUGAUCCUUGUAAAGUAGAUGGCACUUGCCCUGAAGUCAUCAAGGUAUACAUUUUUAAAGCUGACCCUGGAGAGGAUGACUUGGGUGGUACUGUAGACGUUGUGGAAAAUGAACCUAAGAAUGACCAUGAUGUUGAGUUGAUUAAUCCAAAUUGCAACAUUCAUGUACCAAGGGAAAAAAUGGUUUAUAUGACUGUUAAUGACUCUCAGCAAAAUGAUGAUUUAAAUGUUACUGAAAUUGCUGAUGAAGUUUAUAUGGAAGUAAUAGUAGGAGAGGAAGAUGCUUCUGUUGCAGCUACAGCCACUGCUGUUCAUGAACAGCAAAUAGAGGACAAUGAAAUCAAAACAUUCAUGCCAGUGGCAUGGGCAGCGGCUUAUGGUAAUAACUCUGAUGGAACUGAAAACCGGAAUGGGACUGCAAGUGCUCUCGUACAUACAGACGAGUCUCCUGGGCUUAGCGUAUUGACCAAACAAAAACCAAAGAAAAGGAGAAGACCUGAUUCCAGGCAGUAUCAGACAACUAUUAUUAUUGGCCCUGAUGGACAUCCUUUGACUGUCUACCCUUGCAUGAUUUGUGAGAAAAAGUUUAAGUCAAGAGGUUUUCUGAAAAGACAUAUGAAGAAUCAUCCUGAAUACCUUACUAAGAAGAAGUACCACUGCACUGACUGUGAUUACACUACCAACAAGAAGAUAAGUUUACAUAACCACCUAGAAAGUCACAAACUAACCAGCAAGGCAGAGAAAGCUGUUGAAUAUGAAGAAAAUGGGAAGCAAUUUUCUCAAGCUGGGGCUUUAUUUACUCACAAAACAGUACAUAAAGAAAAAGGAACCAAAAAACCUCACAAAUGUAAAUUCUGUGAAUAUGAAACAGUAGAACAAGGAUUAUUGAAUCAUCAUCUUUUGGCUGUUCACAACAAGAACUUCCCUCAUAUUUGUGUGGAAUGUGGUAAAGGUUUUCGUCAUCCAUCAGAGCUCAAAAAGCACAUGCGAAUCCAUACUGGGGAGAAACCAUACCAAUGUCAGUACUGUGAAUAUAGGUCUGCAGACUCUUCUAACUUGAAAACACAUGUAAAAACGAAGCAUAGUAAAGAAAUAUCAUUCAAGUGUGACAUUUGUCUUCUAACUUUCUCAGAUACCAAAGAGGUGCAGCAGCAUGCUCUGAUCCACCAAGAGAGCAAAACAUACCAGUGUUUACAUUGUGAUCAUAAAAGCUCAAACUCAAGUGAUUUGAAGCGUCACGUAAUUUCAGUUCACACAAAGGACUACCCUCAUAAGUGUGACAUGUGUGACAAAGGCUUUCAUAGACCAUCAGAACUCAAGAAACAUGUUGAUGCCCACAAAGGCAAAAAAUUGCACCGGUGUCGACAUUGUGACUUUAAGAUUGAAGAUCCUUUUGUUCUAAGUCGCCAUAUUCUUUCAGUUCAUACAAAAGAUCUGCCUUUUGGGUGUAAGAAAUGUAGAAAAGGAUUUAGGCAGCAGAAUGAGCUUAAAAAGCAUAUGAAAACACACGGUGGCAGGAAAGUGUACCAAUGUGAAUACUGUGAGUAUAGCACUACAGAUGCCUCUGGCUUUAAACGGCAUGUUAUUUCCAUUCAUACAAAAGAGUAUCCUCAUCGUUGUCAUCAUUGUGAGAAAGGGUUCCGAAGACCUUCAGAAAAGAACCAGCAUAUUAUGAGACAUCAUAAAGAAGUUGGUCUGCCUUGA